GAAGAUUUGAAUCACAAUUAAAAAAAAAAAAAAAACACAAAAUGGGAAGUACUGUUAUGAAAAGACAUAUAGUGAACAUGUAUUUUACUUAAACCUAAAAUUGUCUAAAUAUCUGUGGUAAUUAAACAUAGUACAUGUUAAAAUUCCUUUAAGGAAUAAAUACAGUAAUACAUUUAAAAAAAUAAUAGUGUCCUUGAGAGGGUCCAACUAACACCUAGAAAUGGCGGAAGUGUUAUUGCUAAUUGAGCCAACUUAUAUAUUUCAGAGUUAAAAAAUAAUUUGAAAAAUAAGCUUUCAACUGUACAUUUUUAAUCAGAAGUGAAAAAAAAAGUUAUACCUUAAGAGACCCUCUGUGUUAAGCCAUAAUCAACAGUUUAAUGGAAAGUGCAUAACAAUUGAAUACAGCAUACUAAGAUUUUAGCCCCAGAUGUUUUGCAAUUUAAACUCUCACUUCAGUUAAAUCAUUUAACUUCUGUGCCUCACAAUUUUCUAAAAUUUAAAAAAUCUUCCUUUCACAGUGUUUGUGAGAACCCCUAAACCCUACUCAAAACAAAUCCAUUAUUAUGAUUCUUAUUCUGACUUCUUAUCCUUUCCUGGAAGUCCUCUAGGAAGGGGCAUAUCAGUUCUCUUCUCAGUAUUCACCUCCUGAGAAGACAGGUUGUGCAUAAUGAUUGUGUGUCCUGCUCUGUGUUCAUGUCCUCUUGUGCCAUGUAGAAAAGCACCACUGAGUGACUUUAAGUCAGUGACUGAUUCCCCACUGGCUCUUUUUUUACUGUAAUCUCUCCCUUUUAGGACGUAAUUUUACAAUCUCAGUUAUUCUUCUCUCAACAUUUCCCAGAGAACAAAAAUACACGGGGGAAUAUCAUGAUCAAAGGGACUAAGUCAUUGUGGGUGAAUCUUAUACUUUUAAAUUAAACCUGAAUCUCAGCUUAACACUUAACUAAACUUCCUUCUUGUUCCCCUUUUUCUGCAGACAGAUGCUAAUAAUUAAGUUACCCCAAGAUAUGAACAUCUCCCAGAGUGUAACUAAUAGCUCAAGGUUUCAAGUAUCUGAGUUCAUCCUGAUGGGAUUCCCAGGCAUUCACGAGUGGCAGCACUGGCUCUCUCUGCCCCUGGCUCUGCUUUACCUCUUAGCUCUAAGUGCCAACCUCCUCAUCGUGAUCACCAUCCAGCAUGAGUCUACACUGCACCAGCCCAUGUAUCAAUUCCUUAGUAUCCUUGCUAUAGUCGACAUUGGCCUGGCUACCACUAUCGUGCCCAAGAUCCUGGCCAUAUUCUGGUUUGACACCAAAGCUAUCAGCCUCCCUCAGUGCUUUGCUCAGGUCUAUGCCAUUCAUUCUUUUAUGGGCAUGGAGUCAGGCAUAUUCCUCUGCAUGGCUAUGGAUAGAUAUGUAGCCAUUUGCUAUCCUCUUCAAUACCCCUCCAUAGUUACUGAAACUUUUGUAGUCAAAUGUACAGCAUUCAUGGUGCUCAGGAACGGCCUAUUGACAAUCCCAGUGCCUGUACUGGCUUCUCAGCGACUCUACUGCUCCAGGAAUGAGAUUGAACACUGCCUCUGCUCUAACUUGGGAGUCACCAGUCUGGCCUGUGACGACAUCACCAUGAACAGAUUCUACCAGUUGGUCUUGGUCUGGGUCAUAGGUGGGAGUGACAUGGGCCUGGUCUUUGCUUCCUAUGCUUUGAUUCUUCGCUCAGUGCUGAGGAUGAACUCUGCUGAAGCAACAUCGAAGGCCCUGGGUACCUGCAGCUCCCACCUCAUCCUCAUUUUCUUUUUCUAUACAGCCAUUGUUGUAGUAUCUGUCACCCACCUGGCAGGGAAAAGUGUUCCCCUCAUCCCUGUUCUCCUCAAUGUGCUGCACAGUGUCAUCCCCCCAGCCCUUAACCCCAUGGUGUAUGCCCUUAGGACCCAGGAGCUCAGAGUGGGUUUCCAGAGGGUGCUUGGUCUGGGUGAUGAUGUGUCCAGGAAGUGACCCAGACUUAAAGAAUGGAAUAUGUGGUACUGCAAAAAGCACACAGGUCUUGGAAGCCCACACAUGCAAGUCGGGAUCCCAUUUUCCUCUUUCAUUAGGAAAUACAAUG